UAUUUUUUUAGAGUUGUUUCUAAGAUGGCGACGAAAAAAACGCGUCUUAUGUGAAUGCAAAUGCAAUCAUAACAACUUAAAUUUUAUGCUAAUAAAUGUGCGCAAAUCUGAAACAAAACUAUUGAACAACAGUGCUGAAUAAGUGCGGAAUAUUUUACAUGUGAAAUUUGGUGCGAAAGUUUUGUGAAAAUGGCCACAAAUAUGUAUCGAGUCGGAGACUACGUCUACGUUGAGACAACGCCGAAUAGUCCCUACCUGAUACGUCGCAUCGAGGAGUUGAAUAAAAACCAAACCGGCAAUGUGGAAGCGAAGGUCAUGUGCUUCUACCGGCGUCGUGAUCUGCCCAACCCGCUUGUACAGCUGGCCGAUAAGCAUCAACUGGCAACCGCCGAGGACUCACCGCUGGCAAUGAAACUGAAGAAAACCUGGCUUAGAACACCGGUGGGCGAGGAGCAGGCGGCGCAAGCUGUGCUCGAUCCCUCAAUAGCCGCACUCGAAGAGGAACGCACCAGUCCGACGCAAGCGUCUGCCGCCAGCGCUACCAACAAUUCCAGCACCAAUAACAAUACCAACAAUAAUAACAAUAAUAAUAAUAGCAACAAUAAUAACAGCGCUGCGAGCGGCGCUGCUGCUGCGGCUGCGGGUGGUGCUGCUGGCGGCGAUGGCGAGAAGAGCGACGCGCUAACCAGCAAACAGCGGUACCAGAUCAAGCAUCGGGAGCUGUUUCUAUCGCGCCAAGUUGAGUCGAUACCCGCCACACAGAUCCGAGGGAAGUGCUCCGUGACGCUGCUCAACGAGACGGAGUCACUGCAAAGCUAUCUCAACAAAGACGACACAUUCUUCUACUGUCUGGUCUUUGAUCCGAAUCAAAAAACGUUGCUUGCCGACAAGGGCGAAAUACGUGUCGGCAGUCGCUAUCAGUGUGAUAUACCCGCCAAGCUAAAAGAUACCGCCACAGAUGAACGUAAACUGGAGGAGCUGGAAUCGCUUGUCUGGACGCCGGAGCAUAGUUUGACCGAUCGCAAAAUCGAUCAAUUCCUUGUUGUCUCGCGUUCCAUUGGCACCUUCGCGCGCGCCCUCGACUGCAGCAGUUCAGUAAAGCAGCCCUCGUUGCACAUGUCCGCAGCUGCCGCUAGUCGAGACAUUACGCUGUUUCACGCCAUGAACAUUCUGCACCAGCACAAUUAUUCAAUUGAUGAGGCCAUGUCCUCGCUAGUUCCUUCCACUGGGCCAGUGCUCUGUCGCGACGAAAUCGAAGAUUGGAGCGCAUCGGAAGCAAAUCUCUUUGAAGAAGCGCUAGAUAAAUAUGGCAAAGACUUUAAUGACAUACGACAAGAUUUUCUUCCUUGGAAGACGCUUAAACAAAUCAUUGAAUACUACUACAUGUGGAAGACCACCGAUCGGUAUGUGCAGCAGAAACGCGUUAAGGCUGUCGAAGCGGAACUCAAGCUCAAACAAGUCUAUAUACCGCAAUAUAAUAACAAUGGCAAAGGCAACGGUGCUAGCGUGAAGGCCGGCAGUGGCGGCGGAGCUGGUGGCAUCUACAACGGCACCACCAAUGGCGGCGCUGACUUAUCCAACAAUGGAAAACCGUGCGAGUCGUGCGGGACAACUAAAUCAUCACACUGGAAUUCCUUUACCAAUGGCCAUCUGCCAUGUCGAUUAUGUCAGAGCUGUUGGGAGUAUUGGCGGAAAUAUGGCAGUAUGAAAUCUGCGCAUAAGGCCGAAGCUAACGAUGGCGAGUCCAAGAAGAAGGCUGCCAUUGCCGCAGCGACUCCAGUAGCAGCGUUAGCUACAGCAGGCGCCACCACCACUGUGGUUGAUCUUAACGAUGAUGACAAAGUUAGUGAUCUAAGCAAUCGUCAAUUGCACAGGUGUUCCAUUGUGAACUGUGGCAAAGAGUUUAAGCUGAAGACCCACCUGGCGCGCCAUUACGCACAAGCGCAUGGCAUUGCCAUCAGUUCAGGUUCGCCGCGGCCCAUCAUGAAGACGCGCACUGCCUUCUACUUGCACACGAAUCCCAUGACACGUGUGGCACGUAUUAUCUGCCGAAGUAUUGUGAAACCCAAGAAGGCAGCGCGGCAAAGCGCAUACGCAAUCAAUGCGCUCUUGGUCAAACAAGAAUUUACGAAUCGUAUUAGCGGCAAAUCGCCGGCGGAUAUUAAAAAGAUGCUUUUGCUCAAGCCCAAGGAUCGGGGAAGUGUCACAAAAAUUGCAAAUCGAUUGGGCGCCCCAGGAAGCGGUCCGCAUGAAUGGCUGGUGCUGACGCCCAAGGAUAAAAUGCCACAGCCCAUUGUUGUCUCAUUCCCUAAGCCGCCCAAAGGACCAGACGGCAGCUUACUCUACGAUCGCGUGCCCAAUAAAACACCCGAUGUGGUCGCCGUGCCCGUUGUGGCUGACAAAGAACUAACUAUAAUUCCAGCGCAAGCAACAUCUACGAUACGCAAACGUGUGCAUGAGGAACAGCAACUCAAUGGCACCGAAGUAACUAUUGUGCCCAGUGGGCCGCCAGCCAAACGUCCCAACAAGGAUCCCAUGCCCUCGCAUUGCCCCAGUCCGGAGCAGUUUGCUGCCAUGAUGGCAGCAUCUGGUCAGCCCCUCUCUAGACAUCACCUUAAUGGCAAGCAAAAGAUUGCGCAAAUGGCACGUGGCGGCAAUGGACGCAAGCAGGUUAUCAGUUGGAUGGAUGCACCGGACGAUGUUUACUUUAGAGCCACAGACGUACACAAAAAAACACGAAAAAUACUCUCAGCUGUGGAUCUGCGUCGUGCGGCGCGCAAACCAUGGCGUUCACUGCCUAUCAAGUCAAUGGCCCCCGAGCCGAGCAGCAAACCUAUUGAAUCACAAAUCGUAAUACUGGACUGACCGUCUUCAGCAGAUACAUCAGCAUCAGCAUCAACACCAUAUGCAGCAGCAGCAGCAGCAGCAGCAACAGCGACAAAGUUGCUGUCAUAUUCAGCCAACAGAUUUGAGCAGCAACAGCAACAUCCUCCAUUUCCAUAUACAAUGGAUGCAUUGCUAAACUAGUGACCCACAUUCUGUCUUUCAGUGGCUUGCCAUGUACAUACAUACAUACAACCAUACAAACAUCCCCUGCAUGCUAAAAACAAAAACAAAGAAAAAAAACUAACAAAAAAAGAAACCCAAAAAAAAAACAACAACAAUAUACAUACAUACAUACAUCUAGUGUAGGCAAGUGUUGCAGCAUCCACUAUACAUAUGAAGUUGGUAACCAUUUCACUAACAGAAAACCAACAACUGACAGCAACAAGAAAACCCACUUUACUAGCGCUUAAAUAGAUGUCUUUUUAAACAAAACAAAAAUUUAAGAACAAAACAAAUAGUAAGAUAAUAAGUGUUAAGAUUGAAAGCAAUAGUAAACACAACGCGAAACAAAUCAAAUAUUUAUUCAUAAUUUACAUAAUUUUUACAAUUUUUUUUAAAUCUCACAAAAAAUAAGUUCACUGCAAUUUUGGACAUGUAUGAGAAACUCAAGGAAUAAUAAGUUCAUUGUUUCUAUAUUAGUUUAUGUGUUGUAGGCAUUUUAUAAUAAUUCUUAAUUAUUAUUAUUAUUUUUUAUUGCAUUGUCCAAUUUUCAUAAGCGCAUACAUUUCAACAUUAUGUACAUUGUGUGUACAUCAUGUAUGCCAAAUUAUUUUAAUUUGUCUAAUCUAUUUUAACUGGCUACCACGCGCCUUCAGGUUCCAAAAAACAAAAAUACAAAGCACAAUUCCUCGAUUUUAAUUCUGUUGAGCAAAUGUUUGUUGCAUCCUAGCUAAACACCAGAAUACGUAAAUUUGUAGUUCAAAGGCCUCCGUAAUUUUCAAAUAUUUUUUAUUCAAAAUUUGAAUAUGCAAAUCAUAGACGAACGAUAUUUGAGAAAUUCAUUUAAUGCUUUAAGUAUCACAACUUACAAAAAAAAAAAAAAAAAAAAGGAAAAGUAAAAGUGAAAAAUUGAGAAAAUUUACCUUGUUAAUUAAUGUGACGUGCAAGAUUAUUUAAAAAAUUAAUUAUACGCUGUAACGAGAAGCGGAUAACCACCACAAAUUGUACAGUAAUUGGGAUAAAGUUUAUAACUUCGAAUACAAUUUAUUUUCAUAAUUUAUAUACAAAUUGAAAAUCGAUAAUUUCAAACCAAUGCAAAAUAGACAACACAAAAACCAACAUAAACACAAAUAUAGCAUAUUUUAUUUACGCCUAUAGAAAUACAUAAAUAACAAAUCUAAAUCACAUAAUAUACAUUUAUAAAUGUAUUGAGCAUAUAAAUAAUACAAUAAUAAAAUAAACAAUUUGGCAGAUGACAAGUAAAAUCUAAAAGUAGAUCAGCAUUAAAAAGAUUUCAAGAAAAAAAAAAAACGGAAAAAAAAUGAGCAACCACAUUUAUAUAUAUUGAUUAUAAAGAAAUUCUAAUUGUAAGCCAAUCUAUGUAUUUUUAACUUUACAAUUUAAGUAAUUUUGUAAAAUAAAAAAUUCUUUAAAUUAAA